CUUCAAUCUCUAUUCAUUGAGAACCUUCAGGGAAAUCGAUUACCAAUCUAGCUUCGGGUAUCAGACUACGCGACAAAUCGAGGUACAAUGCUUUGUCUACGCUCCACGACUUCGCAAUUGUCCAGACGGAUUAGUCCUCGGACUCUGCAACUUUCCAAUCUGACUGGAGUUCGCCUUUACAGCUCUAAGCCUGAGCAGGUAGAUGUCGACGCGCUACUUGCAAAGCCAUCCUGGUCCGUUCGUUCUCUCCUUCCCGACCAGAGCGCGAAACAAUCGUCGCCGUCAGUCACACCGGCGCAACUCCAUCAUCUACUCCGCCUGUCAGCCCUUCCAUUGCCAUCUAGCAAGGAGGAGGAAACUAAGAUGCUUGAGACCCUUGAGUCUCAGAUCCAUUUCGUGAAAGAGAUACAGCGUGCUGACGUGACGGGUGUCGAGCCGCUGCGGAGCAUCCGGGACGAAAGCCCCGAGGCAUUGAAAGAGAAUACAGUUGGACUGGAUCAGUUGAAGGAUGCUCUAGCUAAAGAACGAGUGGUCGGCCGCAACAAGAGGAUACAACGCGUCGAGACCGAGAGAAAUGGUCGCCCGGACGGAGAUGCUUGGGACGGAAAUGCCCUUGGUUAUGCUUCCAAGACGAAGGGUAAAUUCUUCGUAGUGGAAACAAGUAACUAAAGGAUUCUCCAGUUGACGAGGAAUCGCGGAUUUCUCUGUUCAGCCUUGGAUAUGCUGCUGAGCGUGGCCUCUAUCAGCGAAGCUGAAAGCAGUGCAUCUCUGGGCAGCUGAGUCAGCAAACCAGUGACUUC